GGCCACCAGACCAGUUGUUGUGUCUCUGGAGCAAGAGUCAGCGUGGGAUCACAAUACCAUGAGAGCCCCAGAAGACCACAGCUGGGAGGAGAUUCCAGGAAAAUGGACCCUGAACUGCUGAAGCUCCCACUUGCAGUCAAGAUCCCUGUGCCACCUGGAACCAAGCCUGUCUUCUCCAGGGGAAAGCUGGGCCAAAAUCUUAAUGGGCCAUGUCCUUCUUUCAAUCUGGACGAUCCCUACAUCCACCACCCUGCACCACCAGUGCAGUACAACCGCCUGCAUGACCCCCACCUUCAGGACUACCACAAGCGCAAGGACAUCCUGCGGAUGCUGAAGAGACAGGGAGUCAUCACCAGGGACAACAAGGUGGUUUGUACUCUGAAGGAGUUCAACGAGUACAGGCACUACCUGACCAGGAUCAAGCUGCAGUCAGAGAAGAUCUUGAGGCAGCAAGAGGAAAGGCUUCUGCCACUUCAGGAGAAAUUAAAGGAUGGUCCCAAACUGCCAGGACCCACUGACACUUCCCGCCGGCAGAAGCAGCGGCUUCAGCCUCCGAAACCUUCUUGUCCACGUCCACAGAAGAGCAAAAAGAUCCCCCUGAAACUGGGGAGAUUCAGAAGAGUGAAAAUAGCUUCACACAAGGGCAAAACUUACUCCAGAGCUGAGCUGGGCACUGCUGCUGACUCCCAGAGGAAGCCGCACAAGGCUGCUCGCUGCCUCUUUAAAGCUGUCCUUAGGCAGCUGACCGCAGAAGAAGCCCAGAUGCUCCAAGAGCUGGUUGAGAUCAUUGUCUACAGAGUGUUUGUGAGGCUCAAGGUUCCUCGGAACCAGCGUGUCAACUUCUUAAGGAAUGCUGCCCAGGGGAUCAGAGAAAGCAUUUUCAGCAGCUGCAGAAGAGAGCCUGCAGAUCCGCCUCUAGACCGCCAUCAGAAAAUAGGAAUGGUGGCCAAAGAGCUUUUAGCAAUGGUGUUGGAGGGCUUGGGAUACUGUCUGGAGCCCAAAGCUUUUAAAUCAAGGAGGGCAGCCAGGUGGAAUGAGCAGCCUGUUGAUGGAGGAGCCACCCUAGUGGACAAAUCCGAGGAAGAUGAAGCAUCCUCAUCAGACAGAGCACAUUUACACGCUUGCCUUGACAAUCUCACCAUUCAAGUUGUUAAGAAUGUUUGCUGCUUCUUGAAAUUCAUGGUAGCUUCUCAGUUUGAAGGAGACUCCAGCUGUGAGUACACCAAAAUCCCGGAGUUUCCCAGAGGUAGGGUCUACAGCAGGCAGAUGCAGCCAGGAAUCUCUGGAGCAUCUAAAAGACGGAGCCAGAAAGCAAGAACAGGAGUAAAGCUGCCUGCCCUAGGACCACAGCUCCGAGAAGGGACUGGCUAUGCCAAAAUCAUGAAACGCAAGCAUCCUGCAAAGGUGAAGGAGAGAUUGGUGAGAGGAAGGAACCCAGCAACCUCAGGCAACACUUUGGACAUAAGGACCAUGGCAAAUCGGAUCAUUCACUCUGUGUUAGUAUGGGUUGUUUGGCGCAGGCCUGCGCCGACCCCCACACAGAAUUUGCAGUGACCUGUCCCAAGCCCAUCCCAAGGCGGAGAGGAGAGCUGUGCUGCUGAGGACACUCUCCCCUCCGUGGACCCGCAGUUUUCCCGACAGCCCGUCCCUCUGGAGGGUCCCCAGCCCCCUGCCCAGACCGGAGCACGGCGCAGAUCAGUGAACCCACAGCUCGUCUGAGGCGGGCGAGGUGUGUGGCAGGAGAGCUGAAGGGCCUCUGAAUGGCAAACCUGACACCCCUGUUCCGUCAAUAAAGAGUUACUGCUAAGACCUUGCUUGUGCUUCCUCC